CAUUUCUCUCUCUCUCUAUCUCUCUCUCUCUCUCUCUGUCUGUCGCGCGCGCGCCUGAUCUCUCCGUCGUCUCUCCGCGAGCGGUGCGGGAGCGCGAUGGAGGACACCGAGAGCGCUCCGUGCGCGUCCGAGGACGGACACCUGGGCACCUGGCGCUGGAGCAGGACGGCCCGGGAGCAGGUGCAGCUGAAGCAGAAGAUCAGGGAGCUGCCGGCGCUGCUCAAGCACGGGCUGCAUUUGCGCAGGAAGAGUCAGUCCCCGGACACCAUCCCAGGCCCCAGCGCUGCAUUCGCCAGGAAUAAGGCCUGUUCCCAGAGCUUCCCCUGCGCUGGGCGGGCGCUCAGGAACGCCUUCCUGUCUCACGGCCCAUACCCAGCCAAAGAGCGCGUGCACCUGGCCCGGAUCAUCAGGAGGAGCUAUGUUGGCAUGGAGCUGGUCCAGUGGUUGCUGGAGCAGUGCGCGUUCAUCCAGUGCAGGACGAUGGCAGCGCGGGUCUGGCAGGUGCUUCUGGAGCUGGGCAUCCUGCUGUCAGUGGACCAGCGCAUUGUCUUCGAGGACUCGGACACGUACUACCAGUUCUCGUUCGAGGAGUGCGACACGCUGGCGUGCGAGUUCCGCAACGAGGAGGAGUGGCAGAACGGGGUACGGCUGCUCCUGCAGCUGGUCCCCUACGUCCAGUUCCGGGUCGGCGUCAUCAGCCCGCCUGAAGAGGAGGCUGAGGGGAAGAGAGAAAUGUGCAGCGAGAUCCUUCAGAUCAAGGCUCUGGAGCGGCUCACAUCUACGGUGCACAAUGAACUGGCUGUAGCCCUAGCGAGGAAGGCGCGCAAAGCAAUGGCCGAGGAGGACCGCUCCGAACCAGAAGGGGGCGCCACGGAGGAGAUGCCCGCCCCCUCCGGAGACACGCAGGGGGGUGUGUGUGCCCUGCGCGACAAGGACGAGCUGUCCCGCCUGGAGGUGGUUCAGAGGCUGGCCAAGGAUGGAUGCCGCUUCCUGCAGAAAGUGCCGGAGAGGUCUGCAGAGGCUCCCGGCGAGGAGGCGGUGCGCGUGUGUCUCAAAGAGCGGGGCCAGGACGUGCUGGUGCUCCAGCGGGUUUCGACAGAGCAGCUGCUCCCCCCGGCUGCGGGAGGGGGCCGGGAGGAGGAGAAGGACAGGAGGUACGUGGUGGUGUCAGGGACACCCCAGAAGAUCCUGGAGCACCUGCUGAGCGACUUGCGGCUGGACGAGAGCCAAGGAGCCAUGCAGAGCAAGGAGUCUGAGAUGCUGCUGGAUGACUUCCUGUUGACCUACCUGGUGUUCAUGUCCACCAAUGACCUUUGCCAGGCCUUGCUGGGGCACUACUGCACAAAGAGGUGCCGCGGGAAGGAGGAAGGGAGAGAGGUGCUGUACCGCAAACGCAAAGUGCUGCACCUGGUGUCUCAGUGGACCGCUCUCUACAGGGACUUCCUGCGUGAGGAGGAACAUGUGAAGCUCUUCAUGAAGACCCUGUAUCGCUACGUCCUGGACGACCUGUACGAGUACCCGACCCUGGAGAAGGACCUCAAGGAAUUUCAGAAGCUGCUGCGGAUGCAUCGCAGACACACGGUUGAUGAAUACUCACCGCAUAAGAAGAAUAAGGCCCUCUUCCACCAAUUGAGUCUGAAGGAAAACUGUCUCCAGCUGCGAGGGAUGCAGACGGAGCCCAGGGAAGUCCUGUGCCGCGUGUACGUGACGGCGGACUCGUACCUGAGCUUGAGGACGAGGGCCACCGUGUUGGCGCAGGACCUGCUCCGGAUUGUGGCCGAGAAGAUGGAGCACAGCGAGGAGGACCUGGUCCUGGUGGCUGUCACCUACCCCGGGGAGAAGCUCCUCCUUCAGCCCCACGACAGCAUCUUCUCGGAGUCCCUGACAGCCCCUGGGAGGCUGCUGGCAUGCAGGAAAGACAUGAGCGAAAUCAUGAAGCCCUUGACGGACGGCGCCGAGCUCGGGCAGAGGGCCAUCCGACUUCUGGGGCUCAACACCUGGGAUGUGGCCGUCGCCCUGACCAACUUCGACUGGAGUCUCUUCAGCUCCAUCCACGAGCAGGAGCUGAUCUACCACACGUUCAGCCGGCAGGCCGGCGGCGGGCGCACGGUGGCGCUGGAGCUGCUUCUGCAACGCACCAACGACGUGCAGCUCUGGGUGACGACCGAGGUGCUGCUGUGCGCCACGACGGCCAAGCGUGUGCAGCUCAUCAAGAAGUUCAUCAAAAUCGCCGCCCACUGUAAAGCACAGAGGAAUCUGAACUCGGCCUUCGCCAUCAUCAUGGGUCUCACCACGGCGGCGGUGAGUCGCCUCAGUCAGACGUGGGAGAAAGUUCCAGGGAAGUUCAGGAAGCUGUUCUCGGAGCUGGAGCUGCUAACGGACCCGUCCCUCAAUCACAAGGCCUACCGGGACGCCUUCAAGAAGAUGAAGCCUCCAAAGAUCCCCUUCAUGCCUCUUCUCCUGAAGGACAUCACCUUCAUCCACGAGGGCAACAAGACGUUUCUCGAUAAUCUGGUCAAUUUUGAAAAGCUGCACAUGAUCGCCGACACGGUGCGCCUGAUCCGCCACUGCCAGACAGAUUACAUGGGAAAUGAGGUGGCCCAGAGGGACAGCCCCGAGGUGCGCUCCUGUGUGCACUACCUCCAUGUCAUCGACAAUCAACAGGUCCUCUUCGAACUCUCCCACAGACUGGAGCCCCGGGCCUAGGGCGGCCCUGCAGGGCCCACGGCGCGCGAUGGGGAGCGGGAGGAGCAGCCCUACGCGCACGAGACGCAGUCUGCACGGCGUCUCUAGUCCACGCUCGGCCGCUCUGGGAUCUGGGUGUCCGUUGCGCUCGCCUCCUCAGCCACUAGGGGGAGACAGACUCCUCCUCCUCCUCCUCCUCCUCCUCCCAAAAGCCCUGAUGUGGAGGCUGCAAUGACCAAAGGACACCCUUGCUUUUAGGAGCCCUGUGUCCAAACCCCGAGCUCCACACAUGACAACUGUCAGAUACACGCAGGUCCAAUACACCGGGAACCGUGGCGUUUGGGAGGGAGGAAGCAAGCGUUACAUUUUAUGGACAUUUAGGAGCGCUUUACAGUACCAUGGUUUAGCGCGCCGUCGGGUGCGUGGAUGGUCCCCACGGGAGUGCGAGUUCUUAGCCGGAGGAGAGCUCAGCUCAGCCAGGAUAGUGGACACAGGGACAGGGGACAGGCGCUCCUUCGGGAGUCCUCACUCACUGACCAGGGCGCCUGGAGCAGCAGCAGCAGUAUUAACUGAGAAGAGAUGAAUUUUCAGCUUAAGCGUAUAGAGACGGACUCCCCUCACCGUACACUCUGGGCUGGGUUUAGCAACUAUCUGCGCCUGUUUUUUUUUUCCUUGAACAGAUAAAGCGGCGUACUAAAUUAAACAUGUAAUGUUCAUUGCAAUUUAAAAGCAAAAAGCAUUAUCCGAUUUUACCGUGUUGUUCCAUCAAGACGAAAGAGGCGCGAUAAGCUGGUGAACCCGUCCUCUCCGUGUUCCCCGGGAAGAGACCGUUGUGCGAUCAACAUGCACCACUUUAUUAAACUUUAACCGAAACCACAGGCCCCUCGAAAAGGCGUUUCGGGGUCCGGGAUACCAGCCUUUACACUCCGUUAUGUAUUGUAAGACGUAAAUUAAGAGGAAUUAUUUUAAACUAAGGAAAGAGGACCCUGCCUCUUUUGUGCCAUGUUUUCUAUGUGUAUAAAAAAUUAAUAAAUUAUUUAUUUAGCUUUGUAGAUGUUAAUAAUAAUAAUAAUCGUAAUAAUAUUUUUCUUUUAAUUGGUGCCAAACAGAAUAAAAAGCGAAAACGAUUUUAAAUGGUAUGAGUAAGAUUUUUACGCAGCUGGUAUGCCUUAUUUUGAACAUUGGGAUCUCGAUAUUGUCACGCGUCUUGCUGCAGUUACUGACCGGUGUGCAGGCCAGCUGUGAGGUGUGUGUUUUCACUAACUGCUUUCUCCUUGAGCAAGAAACCUUGGACAAUCAGCCACGCUGCGUCAACUGCAUUUCUCUACACAGGAAGCCCUUGGCUUUUUUCCCCCCCAAAAUUAAGGACCUAGAUGUUCGUAAAAGUGACAAGUUAUAAGAAUACACACAAAAAAAAAAAGACAGCCUUUCCAUUUUGAUAUCUUAAGCUUUAAAAAGUUCCAGUGUAAGUAUCAGUAUUACUGCUUUGCUUUGACUGAAUGGUGUGUUUACAUGUGACAUUCUCAGGACAGUCCUUCUACUCUCCAUCCUAGAACAUUUCCGUAAGCGGAGGUUGGCAGAGGCCAGGAACAGUCUCUGGGUUUUGACAGAAAGAGAUGUGAAAAUCUCGUUGGACUCUUUGCAGCCCUGUCCUCUCUUUUAUGUGUAAUGGGGGGGGGGGGGACAUGUUUUCGCUAGAUUUCCACCAUGUAGUAUUAAUGAAACCUUGUAAAAUGUCAGUACUUUUGUUUACACAGAACCCAUGUAAAUUUCCUGUAAGAAAAAAAAAUGUUGUGAAUAUUGAUUGACCUGUGGGGCAUUAAUAAUUGUUAUUUAUUGGGGGAAAAAAAUGUAUUGGUAUUUGUAUGAGGAUGAUGAUGAUGAUGAUGAUGUACACAAGCUCUGGACCAUUACGAGCCGCAUGUGGACGGGCGCCGAGUCGGGGAUCCUGGGAACAAAGGGGGCUUUGAGAAACUCUAUACCGUACAGUUGUUCUUUGAGAAAUGAUGUUUUGAUUGUGGCCCUGAUGAAGCUCUCUGAACAGCGUGCCAUUUAUUUCAGGGCUACCGACGGAAGGACGUCCCACAAUGAUUUCUCGUGCGUCUCCGUUAAUUUCUCUCUCAUGUACACAGAAAGGAUCGUUUUCGUUGCAGCUUGCGGAGUUUUUUGGCAAGCAGGCCUGUUCUGUAAAACAUUAGUUUAAAGGAUGUGAUGAAAACAUGAGCAGUCAGCUAAAUGGGAGUGUAAUAUGACGGUCUGUACUAACUCUUUGGAAACUGUAAAUAUACUUGCAGUGAUUGAUUUGUUAUUUAUAUUGAAAAAAUAUACAAAGCAAUACAUUGACAGCAUGACGGUUCCCCCCGACUUCCUGAUCACAGCUCUUUUCUAAUUAUAUGCAUUUUUACAGUAAUGGCAAAAUUUACGAAAAAUAAUAAAAGGUUUUA